ACGUGAGUCGUCGUCAGCUCUCCGCCUCUGUCUCUCAUCUGGCUGUGGUAGCUUAGUCGCUCAACUUUAACCAUGCUUCCUCUAGUUUAAUUUUUCUAACACUGAAUUCGUUUAUAGUGACAGUCAGAUAAAUUGUUCCGUCUGUUUUUAGGUUUUCUGACAACCUAUCUGUGAAUCCCUGCUGUUUGGAAAACAAGUGAUAAAGCAGCUUUCCCAUCGUGGUUAGCUAACAGCUUGUGUAGCAUCCAGGAGAGAAAACGUCGCUGUGAAGCACAAAGGUGAGAAAGAGAAAGAAAGAGAGAGAGAGAGGCACCUGGGUGUGUGUUUUUGACUUUAAUCGUUGUGUAUGUACUGCAUGUUUGGGUUGUGUAGAGGUCCGGGAUGUCUUUAAAGUGACAGUGAGUCUAUUGAACCUUAUUAGCUCGUUGCUGUAGUCGAUAAACUGAUAAAGCUCGUUUAGUUAAACGCUACAGCGACUUAUCUGUCUUUUUGUCGAAUUUACAAAUGAAAAUGUUGUCAGCGAGUCACAUUGAGGAGAUAUCGGUUAAACUAGCACUGCCUGUGUUUGCUACAGAGCAGUCUGAGAUGAAAAUAAUCAGGGUGUUGUAUUGCUUUAUUACUUGGCAGAUGUCUGAUAUUGUGAAAAAUGUUUACCACUGACAAACCUGAGUAUUUAUCUCCAUUAACGUGUUUUGUGUUAAAAACAGAACACCAUCUAUGAUCAAUCAGUGCUUUCAAAUAGUUUCCCGUGAGUUCAUCAAGUGUUGACACCCGUAUCCUCAGAUUCACUCCUGAGCAUGCGCAAAACUGCCAUCAGACUCUUAUCAUGAGCUGUCCAUGGUACUGAAGCAGAAAUAAGAGGAAGAAGAAGAACUUAAUUAAUCCAAGAAGGAAAUUCAAGUGUCUGUUUUCUCACAUAAUAUAUCUCUAAAAGUUACCAAGAUUACAAGUUUCUUUCUUGUGCCAAAAUAAUGGAAAUUUGUGUCGUGUAGACAAGUUGUGAGACAUAUGCGAUAACUUUCAUUUUUGCUGGUUUAUAUCAUCUAAAAGCAAGCCCUGUCAAAAAAUUAUCCUUUGUAAAGUCCAUGUAGAUUCUCAUUUAUCCACGUCAUGGUUAUCUCAAAGUCUCCAAAAUCAGGCAACUGGACUUUGUAGCGUUUGAGAAGACAUUUUGCCUCUUAUCCAAGAAGCUUCUUCAGUUCUAAAAUAGCUAGUGAGGGGAGCAGGUAUUUAUCUAAUUGCAAAAAAAAAAAACAUCUCCGGGUAUUUAUCCCGAGAGUCGUUAACCUGAAUGGGUCGUUGUCAACUACCCCUUUCAUGUGAGGUGUUGUGGUCACAUGGUCCCAGGUGUGGAUGUUUGUGGAGCUUCCUGGGGAGAGAGCUUAGAACUGCAGUGUAAGUGCAAACUCUAUACAGUCCAGUUGCCUGAUUUUGGAGUCUUCGAGAUCCAACUCAAUUGGUCGAACAGGUGUCUAAUUGAAGGCAGAAAAUAGUUUUAAGGCUGACAUUUUAGGUAAUAUAACUGAUUACAUAUGGUUCAUUAGUAUAACGAAUGUGUUUGAAUAAAGAUGGACUCACAUCAUUUUGGGACACUUUUUGUAAGGUUUACUGUUUCUUUUCUCUCUGUCUUAGUGCAGCUUCUAUGACCCACAACUGUCUGCCCCGAUCAGAGGAUGUAUCCGCCUUCCAGAAAGGACUUCAUCUCUCUGACCCUCAGUGAUCCACACAGUCACUCUUAUAACAACGGCAAACACCGGAGACAGUCCUGCUGGAGGGUGAGUCGUCAUAUGCUGCAGUAUGCAAAGCUUGACUCUGUUAGAGUUUUACAGCUGUGUUAUAAAAAACAUUGAGUUUGAAGUAUGAGAGAAUUAGGCUCAUUUUUGAGAGAUUCACUUGAGAGACGACUGUUCUGGGUCGACUUUGAUCACAAUAGAGGUGUAUGAAAAUACUGUUAAACAUAUGCCCAGGCCUUUGCUAUCACCAUGUCAAACCAAGUGAGGCAUCUGUGGGAGACUCUUGGGUCCUGUAGCACUUGGUUGACACUAAAUUCAUUCAGAUUUCACAGCUAAACGUGCCCCUCCAUGCCAGCUUUCACACAUCUUUGAUUGUGAAGCAGCACAUUUUUGGAAUUUAAAUUUAGAAACCAUGUCACUACAGUGAAGAUAGAUAUUCACAAGACAAACAGCCAAAGGUAAAUGUCAUUUAGUUCUGACAGAGGAUGUACAAUAAGGCUUCGGCUUCAAAUAUCCUACUGCUUGGUUAUGCCUCUGAUUUUGGCUGAGACAGAUCAUCCCUUCCCCUAAGAAAUCUAUCUUUUUUUUUGUAACAAAUCGAUUCUCAUGCUUUCCCUCUCACUUUCAUACACCUUCUUUGUUGUGGAGCAGCCUGCCCUGAACUUUCAAACUCUUCAGAUAAAAGCCUCUCCUCAGCACAUUAUGUGUCUGAUUACUACAGUGAGAUAAAACAAACUCCGCUCAUCUCACCGCCUCUCCUGUCUCCUCCACAUUUUCUUUAAUCUUGUUAUCUUUACUUUGAAAUUUCUUAUGCCUCUCUCUCGUCCUUGUGCCCUGUGAGCUUCUGUCAUAUACUUUGUUGGUUUUGAUCUGCAGGUAUAUCAUGUAGCUCUUCUCAUAUUACCUGUCAUACCUUUAUUUGCUUUUCCCUCGCUCAGGGGGGCUUUCAGUGUUUCCAUGUUAAUCUCUCAUCUCUGCAACUGUGUUUAUAACCUCAGUGUGAUCACAUUUGUGUAACUGCUCAAUCAGAUGAAAGCAUAGAGUGUAUAUUAUAAGUGAUGUCAACAGUUUGUUUGUGAGGAGGAGGCACAAAAGAUGGUGGUCCCCAUAUUGGAUAGAUGACUUCAUAAAUCUUCAGCAUGUUUAGAAACAAGGUGAGGCCUCAAUGCCUAGCAUAUACAGGGCUCGACAAUGCGACCAUUUCACUCGCAUUUGUGACUAAAAAUAGAUGUGUGAUAAUUGUAAAAGGUAUUUAGGGGCACAAAAAAUCAGCCGGGGCAACAAAUGUUUUUUCAUGUAAAUACCACGAUGAAAUUAGUUUUAGGUUGGAUAUCUGACAGACAUUUACUGCAGAUCUACCGGUGUCUUCUCAUUCUCAAUAACUGGGAAUAGCAUCAGCAGCACGGUUAAAUCUACUCGGCACCUUAGCUGUCAAUGUCGGGUGUUGAAUAAGGGACUGUCAAUAAAUUACCAGUUGAUGUUCUCAGAAAAGGCUGAUUUCCUUCAAUAGCUUCCAUGUCAUGUGACCGAAAGACCUAAAAUUGAUUUCAAAUAAUAGUUCUAAGGUCAGACAAUAAGACACACCUCUUUAUUUUCCCUAAUUUGUCUAAAAAAAUUUGUGUUAAAUUUAAAGGCAAAUUUUGAUCCUUUGCUUCAGUAGCUUCCAUGUCAUGGGACCAGUUAAUCUAAAAUUGAUUCCAAAUAAUAGUACUCUUGUCAACCAAUAAGACACUCCUCUUUAUUUCCCUAAUUUGUCCUCAUAAGAUUUUUGUGGGCAAUUUUUGAAUAUUUGCUCCCUGUGAAAAAAAGCUAGUGUCAAGCCCUGCAUAUAGCAACAGCUCAUUCAUAGGGUGGGAGAAAAAAUCGAUACAGCAUCGUAUCGCAAUAUUUUGUCUGGUGAUAUAUCGUAUCGACUCAUUUACCAAGUAUCGAUUUUUCAAAUUAAUUGCUAAUAUGAAGUCAAAUCUAUGAUAAUGGAAAAAUAAAAUCAACUGUUUGUCCGGUGAGGUUGGCAAAGGGGACAUCAUGGAGCAGGAGAAAGUUAGUACAACAAAUACAUAUAUGGUUUGCAAGAUGUGCUACAUGAAAAUAAAAUACUGUGUAAAUAAGACAAACAUAAAGGAAAGACAAAUGCUAAAUUAACUAAACAGUUAAAAAAUUGUAUGAAUCACAAUAUUUUGUAUCUCUAUACCUACUGUAUUGCAAAAUGUUAAAAAUAGCAAUAAUAUCGUAUCGUGAUUUCCACCCCUAUUCAUUCACCUGUCAGGCAAAUCAGCCAUGUCUUCAGUAAUGACUUAUUAUGCGUAUAUUUCUCCAUACAAUCAAAAUGCAUUAGUAGAUUGAAAAUUAAUCACUGUAUGGUUGUUGGUAACAGGGAAAUAGAGGAAAUAGGGUACAGAGGCCAAAACUGCUCUUCAUACCAGGCUGUAAAUAUAUUUCAUUCUGCUCUAAAAAUAGGCCUUUUAAUAUAUCUGUCAAGGUUCCCUCAGCAUGGAGAGUAACUGAAGAUUGACUUGUGCACUCUGUGCAUUAACAGGUUUUAGAGUUAAGUGUAGCACACACCAGUUGCAUAAUUAACCCCUCUGUGUUCGAUGCACAACAUUUGACACUUUUAGUUAGACACAAAGUUUACCCUGCAGAGAAAAGUCAAAACCAGAGAAAAGGAGCCAGAGAGCUAUUCUGGGGAGCAUGUGUGAAAAAAAAGAAACUUUCCUGGAUAGCAGUGUAACCUGAUGUAUAAUGACAGAAAGAUGUCCCAGGUGCAUACGUCUGUGCAGGUUCCUUGCUCAGGAAUAUUUUGUUGUUUUUGCUGUUAUUAUAGCUCCUUCCUUCCCAAAACAAAAAAAAAAAAAACAAGUUCAGAAAAUCCUGCAGGGAUUCGUUAACAUGUGCUGAUAACACGAUCUGCUCUCAUCCCCCGAGUAUGUUGAUAAUUUGUGUUUGAUUUUAAAUUGGCUCGCAUGUAAUUCCCAUUAGGAGACGCCCCAAUAAACCUAUUUAAUGGAUGCAGAUACAAGUGCUUCAGUCGACAAAACAUGUGCUGCACUCCAGCUUGUUAUCAUGAACCACUUCUCGUUGAGGCUUCGUGUUGUAGGUUUUUAAGGCGCAGUUAUAACAAAUAAUCCCAACCUAAAAAAAAGAAAAGAUGGUCUGAUAUAAGAUUAUAUGGUUUUUAUUGUAUCAUUGCACUCAUAAAAGAGACACUCACCUCCUGUAGCACUGAGAUUCAAUGAAAGAAACAGUCAGUAAAAAACAAAUUGACACAUGACGACACUAAAGUUAUUAUCGAAGAUAUUAACUUCCAGUCGGAUCAAAUCAUUCUGAUGUAUAUUGAAUCCUACCGAUGUGUGAUCCUUUUAGUUUACAGACUUUGCCCCCUCAACAUUUAACAAACAGUGUAUCCUCUUAUCCAUUUAUGCUAAGUCAUCAUCGAUCAGAUUUAUUUCGUCAGCUAUUUUCAAAGAGCUCCAUCAGCAAACAACACAAACAUAAUUUACGAGUUUCACUGAAUUGAAAAAGCAUGGCAGCGCUCUUAUCGACUGAUCUGUAACAUUUUAUUUCAGCAGUAUAUCAGGAGACUUUUGCUCCUCUAGGCUUCAUGGUAGAGAUCUCAAUCUGGCUCAGAGCCCCCCCUCUGCAUGCGGGCCGUCAAAUAUGAUGACGGUGGAUGAAUCCUGAAAAAACUAUUCUCUGCAAAUCAUCUUUUUGUAGAUUGGCAUCUUGGCUGAGUCUGUUUUUUACAAAGCAAAAAAAUGCACAUAUGCCAUAUCUUUAUAAUGUAUAACCUUUAUUGAAGUGGAAAGUCAUAUAAAGAGUAAAGCCAUGAAAGAUGUGAAAGCUAUUGGAAGCUAACAAGCGGACUUUUCUGCAUGAUUUAUUACCAGUCACAUUGGUUUUGUUCAGCAUUUUCAAAGGAAAGCUUUUGUUCUUAGGAGCGGGAGUUGCUGCAGACCUGUAGAGCGAGUGAGUUUCCUUUUCUCCCCCUCAGUGCGGGUCCAGAAAAUGAAUCAUGGUCUGCUAACUAUCCACCCUGAAAAUUCACCUCCAGUUAAGAGCUUUUCUCUAUGAAUAGGACCUGCUUUACUGCCAUCAUGUGACACCUAAUAUGACAUCUGUCAUCACGUUAUUGUAGAGACACUUAACUGCCAGGUUACGAGACCACUCCUGGGCAAAUGCCAUUUUCUAAAAUAGACAGUGACUUUCUUUGUAAAGCAAGCAAACCUGCAAACCUGAACCUCAAAGCUUAAAAAUAUCAGAUUAUUAUGAAAACCUUAAAUUUCAUCAAGCUGGGACUGCAUUUGAUGAUUAUAAAUUCAUUAAGUGAGUAAUAAAAAAGUGUGUAUUAAUGGGUGUCAGCACUCUGAGAAUAUUAGCGUACAUGUUUCUAACUGAAUACCCCUGGAUUAUUGCUUAUCUGCUUCAGGGUUGUCGGGGGGCCUAUCCCAGCUGUCACUGGGGGAGAGGCAGGGUUCACCCUGGACAGGUCACCAGUUUAUCACAGAGCUAGCCCACAGGCAGACAUCCAGACACACUCACACCGAAGGGCAAUUUAAUAAGGAGCAUGUUGACCCAGUGUGGGAUGAAACCGGAGAACCCGAGGGAGGGACACGAUGCAAACUCCAGGCAGAAAAGACAGAAGCACCUUCUGUGCUCCCUGUGGUUUCUUAUGUAGACAGUAAAAUCAUUAGUACUGUCUAAAAUCUUUAACAGCAGCCUGUUUACAAAUUGACAUUUGUAAUUUUCACAGAAAGCUGAAGUCAUUUUUCUGUCUUUAUAAAGGUGUCGUUUUUCUCUCAUAAGUAUGUCAACUGAAGAUUAAAUGAAUCUUUUCACAAGGAUAUGUUAAUUUUUCUUUACAAUUGUUCCACCCUUUUACAUUUGAUCAGGACUGAAACUCAGUACUGAAGACAGAUACCUCUCUGCCCACCUUUCUCCAACCUCGAGUCUCUGCAUUUUAAUUAAAAAUUCAGAACCUCAGUUUGCCUCCAAAUUUUAAUCCAAAACGGGCAGCAUCAAUAAUAUGUUCCCAUAACUCUUCUUCAGCCGACAGUCUGCAUCUCCUCCUCAUCCCCUGACAGCUCAAUAUCUGACUAUCCUUCCAUAAAUUUAAACUACAUCUUAUCAGCCGCAGUCAGAGCUCUGUUUUCUUCGAGUAUGGGGAAAUAGGAAAUCAGAGGAAGGAGCAAGUUUUGUCGCCAUCCUCCUAUACCAAGGACUUCGCUUAAACUAUGUGUUUCAAAACCCUUCAAAAACAUACAUCUCUAGAAUUUUAAUACAGUACCCACCAUGGUGAAAUGUGUUUACAGCAGAACCUGUCAUGUUGAAAAAGGCAGGAGAGUCUCUUUGGGCCGCACACUGAGACUCACACAGCACACUCAUGCAUGUUUGCCUCAACUGUCACGUCCAUAAAAGAUAUAGGGGAGACCGGGGCUUGUUGUCACAUGGAUAAGUUUUCACAUUGCAAUUAUCUUUGCCACCAGAGGGUGCAACUAAAAAGUGGAAUACUGGUUUUAUUCCUUUACACCAGUGGUUCUCAAGUCCAGUCCUCGAGGCCCACUGUCCUGCAUUUUUUGGAUGUUUCCCUGCUCCAACACGCCUGAUUCAAAUGAUCAGCUCGUCAGCUUAAUAACGAGCUGAUCAUUUGAAUCAGGUGUGUUGGAGCAGGGAAACAUCCAAAACAUGCAGGACGGGGGGGCUUUAGGACUGGACUUGAGAACCACUGCUUUACACGGUCAGGGGUCGUGUCCUGUCUGAGAAGAGAAGGGCACAUUGUGAGCUGAGACGAGCGCCAAUUAACCAUUUAGCACAACCCAAAGUGAAAAAAAAAAAAAAAAACUAUAUAUUUUAAAAUAAGCUUCUUCCAGAUAAAAAUCCUAGCAAUAAUACAUAUGGACUUGUUAGGGGAGAGGGCCCGACCGAUUUAUCAGGAGGCGAUUAAAUUGGCCAAUUUUAGCCCGUUUGAGACUAAUUGGUAAUUGGCCAAAACUUGCCGAUUUUCGCCAAUAUUUUCAGGAAUAAAAUGCAGAGAACAAGAUUCGGUUUCACUUCAAAAAUUUUUCGCAAUUUAAAAAAUCCCCGACUUAUCCUGUAAAUGGUCAUUGAAAACGCUUUUCUGGUUUGAGUUUGAUCAGUCGGUCUUCCUGUCGGUGCGAAGACUAGUAGCCUACAGUAUAUCUAGAGUAUACAGUAUACAGUAGAUAUCUGCAGUAUAUAUGUGUUUUAUAACUUCAUUAAAAAUUUAAAAAAUCGGCCGAUUAAUCGGUAAUCACCCCCCCUAAUAAUCGGUAUCGGCAUCAGUCCCAAAAAAUCUUAUAAACUCUGCACUGACACAAGAUAUGAAAAUGACAUGAAUAUGAAAUAUAUACCUGAGACUUUGGUCUUUCAUCUGGAACACAUUUUGUUUAUAUAUGAUGUAUUGAUUCCAAGAAAUAUAUAAGAGCGUGAAAAGUGUGACAGCAAGCCCCGGACUCCCCUACAUUCUGGGUCAGUAAUGAGUCCCACCACCACACAUUUUCUUAAAGAUGCACCUUUAUAUUCACUUGAGUUUGUCGGUGUUGUUUUGCUGAAUGAACUUGAGCAGGGUAAAGUAAAAAAAUAUCCCCUGAGAUCAAGUCUUCUGUGAGCCUGCAGACGAUGGCUCAAUACUUUCACGGUGUUGCACAGGUGUUAAUUAGAGCAGGUAGCAGAAUGGUGCCUCUCUGCCUGUUAGCUUUCUCCCCCUGAGGGACCCCGGCUCUAUCCUCGCCUCUGCAUUGCCAAUAGAGUUGGUUAGAUUGUUUAUUUGCGAGCGGUCAGGUGGAGCGGGAUGCUGAGUUCGUACCGAGUAAGCUUAAAGAGGAAGGCCAGCGGGCUCUCCUUUCACUCUGCUAGUUUAAAGACGACAUUUUCAAGAGAUAUAAAGAAGUGGGAGGAUAUUUAGAUCUGCUGACAGAUGCUCUUGAUUUAAAUUGCAGAGCUGUUCGACAUGUUUCUGUGUAGUUAGCUCUGUGUUUUAUUUCCUGCCUACAGAAAUGGAAGCAGCUGUCUCGGCUCCAGCGAAGCCUCAUCUUGUUCCUGCUGGCCCUGCUGCUCAUAUUUGGAUUGCUCUCUUAUCCCAGCCUCACAGAGCAGUGGAGAGGUAAACAAUGCCCACAUAAACUCUAAGCUCUCUCACACGCACAUAAAAAUGCAAAUACUGGUAGGGACAAAGUCAGUCAUUAAUUUAACGGUCCAGCUUCAUGACUAGUUGAUUCUAAUGAGUUGGAUUGCCUGUGUGUUGUGGUUGGCGUUGAAGCUAAAUUGCAGUAAAUUACGAAGUCUCAGCUCCAUGAGGCUCUGUGAUAGUUGCAGUCUUUGUUUGGAUUUGUUUUGGCCUCAUUUUUCUUUGUUCACACCUGCUUGCUCUGGCAGUUUUAUACCUCCACAUGUACUGUAUUUGAUUUUCAGACCACGUCCACACUAAGAUGGCUGGAUCUAAAAAUGGUGCUAUUUCUCUCCCUGUUGGGGCUUAGUAUCCACUCUGCGAACAUUUUCUUUUUUAUUCACAGCCAAAAUCUGAGCUCUGUGAAAAUCUCUCCAGAGUAGGGAAAUGUGAAAAACAAGUUUCUCCUAAAUGUUAUGAAACUUGGAAAGAGCUGAUUUCUUGUAUGCUCAGAAGACUCAGUCGGGGGCUUAGCAAAGAAAAAGAAGACAAUUCUCUACAAAUAUGAGGGGCGAGACUCUGUUUUCAAUGUUUGUGAAGGGUUUUGUUCGACAACUGAAUCACAGUUAUUUAAAGCUUCAUUACAAAACUACUAGGAAUAGUAUGAACUCUGCUUUUUUCUGUGUCUUUGCUUAUGUGUGUGUGUGCGUGGUUGUCGGUGUGCAGGGUUGUCUGACAGAGAUGACUGGCUGGAGCUGAAUGACAGGGAGCUGAAGGCUGUUCUUCCAGGGGUGAAGCCUGUACUGGGUCAAGAAGAUGCGGGUAAAGCUCUGGCUCCUGUGGAGGGGCCUCAUGUGGGGCCAGAUGCAGGUCCGGUUGUUGUUCCUGAUCCUGUGUUGGAGCCCAAAGCACCAAAUGUGCCCAUGUUGCCCAAACCUCCCAUCAAGGUUCGAGCUGAUUUUUUCAGUUUAUUUCAACAAACAAAAAUUCUGAUUAUUUAUAAUGUCUUUUUUUUAAAGCCAGAGAUGUCAAAGAUUGAACUCUGCAGGCACACACUCGUCUGUGUUGGAGGAUCAGAGGUUUUGCCCCGCCAUUUAUUUGCUUCAAUUUAAUUAGAUUGUGUGAACUGAGCUUAAUGUCUGAAGAUAGCAGGCAACUAAAAGAUAAAUUAAACAGGGUUCCUAUGCAAGUAUGGAAGUAAUUUGAUCAAUUUCCAGGUCUUAAAAAGGGGGGACCUUUCCUAGAUCACGUUCAGAAACUCUCAUCAUUUUGAAUUAGCACUCUCCUCUUCUAGUUGUUUUCUUUUUGAAAUAUAUUUAUGUGAUGUUUUAUAAUCAUACAAUUCAAAUUCUACCUCUUUUAUGGACUUUAUAGUUUUCACCGACUUGUCUACAUUUGUAUUUCUCUUAACGCACAGUAGUUCAUUUAACUUAUUUUCUUUUUACUUUUCAUUUCUUAACAUCUUAUGUAUUUCAAGAUCUAUAAAACCCGAAUUCCAGCACUUACUUGUAUUUUUAAUUUUUUUAUUUUUGUACUUACUUAUUUUUUUUAUUUUUUGUUGUAGAUAAAUAAAUAAAUGUUGUAAAUAAAAAAAUUAAGUAUGGAAAAAUGUUUAUGUUAACAGACUUUAUUACCACAGUUAUAAAAUACUGUUUUCUAAAGUAGAAAAUUAGGUAUUUCCAAAAAUAAUUCUAAAAAGUAGGGUAUAAAAAAGUAUGGAAAUUCCAUCUGUGUAGGAACCCUGAUGUAAGGCAUAGUUUUUGAGAAUUUUAGAAACUCAAAAUUUUGAAAAGGUUUGUAGUUUCAGUUCUUGUUUAAUGUUUUCUACCUGUGCCUUUCGGUCUGUACUUCUUGGUCUGUUGUGAUUCUUAUAACAUGAAAUCUUUACAACUUAUAAAUGUGUAUGUGUCCUCUUUCAUCAGAUGUCGGUUUUGCUCCUCCUGUUUUUAUCUCUACCUCUUGUUUUGUUUUUUUUCCGCAGAAAAAGCCAUUCCCGAACAAGAGAGGUCCACCGAGCCUGCAGAAAGAUGGGAACAUGUCAGACACGGUGGGUGAAGAGAAGAAAGAGCAAGAGGUGGUUCAAGAUGAAGGAGAGGAGGAAGAGAAGGAAAAGAAAAUUGUCAGGUGAGUUCUGUUUUUGUUUUUUUGAUAUCUUAACCCUUGAAAGAACUCUAAAGAUGGUGUGUAGAAAUGUACUUCAUUUCUCCGAGGAGAGUCAUAAGAACAGUUUCCUGCUGCACCCAUGCCCUGCAGUCUUUGUUGCAGUAUUAAAGAAGCAGGUAUGAAUAUUGCAGGUGAGUGACAGGUUUCUGCCUUUGUCACGCAGCUGGAGAGGAGCGAUGAUCGAAGCCGAUCAAGCCACUGAGCCUCCACCCUCAGCCAAUGAAAAAGAGGCUGCAGCACCUCCAGCCCCAGCCAACCCUGCUGACCCUGUACCCCUGGAAGGUGAGAAAUAAUCCACACUGAGAAGAACUUGUCCAAAACUCUUAUUAAGAACUUAUAAAGCAAGUACACAGAGAUUUACAUGGAUGUUUAACUAAGACGAUUCACAUUUCUUUUAAUUUUGCUGUUCCUGCCUCUAGAAACUUGCCCAACUUUUAGAUCUCACUUCAAAACUUUUGCCUAACGUAUUCUGUAACUUAGUGUUAUCACUAUCUGUCGGUGUAUGCUGUUUCAAUCCCAACACCUUUUUUAUAUUACUUUCGACCGACGCUGAUGAAAGGUAACACCUCGCUGCGUUCAAGGAGCAUAUGACACAGCAUAUUUCCUCAUCAUCUAAAGCUCUCACACUUUCAUUUCUGAUUCAAUCUUUUGUUUGUAGUCUCUACUGGAAUUGUGGACAGACUGGAGGCUGUACGCGAAGCUUUUAGACAUGCGUGGAAAGGCUAUAAGAGCUACUCCUGGGGUCACGAUGAGCUCAAGCCGAUUUCCAAAUCCUUUGGCGAGUGGUUCGGUCUGGGUCUGACUCUCAUCGAUUCCCUGGACACCAUGUGGAUUUUGGGCCUGAAAGAAGGUACUGUCAAACACAGAAUCUCUCAUACUGACUUAAUAACUUACCAGUCAAUCUUCAUAUCUGCUCAAGGCUACAUUGGUUAUUAAGAGCGAGACACAACUUGUGAGUUGUCAAGUUCUGCCGUGAGUAAUGUUUUUGAUUAAAAAAGAGCCAAAAAUGCCCGAAAAGAUGAUAUCUCUUUUUUUUCUGCAUCAGCUUUCAUCUUUUUUUUUGACGCUUCAAUGUCCUUAAUAACAAUGCCGCAGGAGUGCAUCUUAAAACCAGUGGAGCCUGUUACCAAACCACCUGAUAAAGCCGGCUGAUCUCCCGUGUUUAUUAAAUGUCAUCAAAAAUACCUCUCCUCUCUGACGUUUGCCAUCACAGAGUUUGCAGAAGCGAAGACUUGGGUGGAGAACGACCUCAAUUUCGACAAGAACGUGGAUGUGAAUCUGUUUGAGACAACCAUCCGUGUCCUUGGAGGUCUGCUGAGCACCUACCAUCUGACAGGAGACCAGCUCUUCUUUGAGAAAGCCGUGAGUCAUACAAGGUUAUAAAAAACAGCUCUGUGUUCAGGCUUUUCAUGAAAUCAGAUACAAUCAAAUGGCAAUUACCCUCACAGGUUUUAGAGCUAAUGAGUUCAGCGACCCCUCCUCUAAAUUAUCAAGGUUGCAAGAGAACAAGUGACUUCCGAUUUGUUGCAAUACUUGAAUUUGAAGGAGUCAAAGGGAAAGAGUUUUCACCUGUGGUUUUGUUUUUCUCUGCACAUACAGAAAGAUCUCGGGUCCAGGUUAAUGCCUGCCUUUAAAACUCCCUCGAAGAUCCCGUUCUCUGACGUCAAUAUCGGCAAGGGAACGGCACACCCCCCUCGAUGGACGUCAGACAGCACGCUAGCCGAAGUUACAAGCAUUCAGCUAGAAUUCAGAGACCUGAGCCGCCUCACCCAGGACCCACAAUACCAGGUCAGGAUACAAGGAGCAUCAAAUCUCACAUGGAAUUAUUUCAGUUUAAGGAGUCAGUAUUGAUAUUUUCUCCAUUUAGAUGGAGGGUUCUUGUCCAGAUAAAGUCAGAUAUUAAAUAACUGAGGAGACACUCCCCCAGUGUUUUCAGUCAAUAUGUAAAUAUGUCCCUUUUGUCUGAGCCUGACUUGAAUUUUAAAAUUUCUGAUAGUAUUCAUAGACAGUUGCUCAAAAAAGAAGAGUAUAUGAAAGGAGACUUUGAGGUUUCUUACUCGUAGUCUGACUUGUUUUUUUAACCUUUCUAGGAAGUUGCAAAUGAGGUGAUGAGGCUGGUCCACAAGCUUCCGGGCAAACAUGACGGCCUGGUGCCCAUGUUCAUCAACACCAACAGCGGCCAGUUCACCCACAAAGGGGUCUACACGCUUGGAGCCAGAGCAGACAGCUACUACGAGUACCUGCUGAAACAAUGGAUCCAGGGAGGCAAGACAGAAGAAGAGUAAUUCCACCUUUACACUUUUGAGCCUGUUUGCUGAUUGUGGGAGAGUUCAAAGUAGAGCAUUAGAGCUGUAAAACUAACUGUGCAUCAGAGCUUGAAAAGAUGAUAUUUCUGCAAAGAUCAAAUUGUAAUUUAUAAUGUUUAAAAGUACUGAGACAAGUGUGGAAAAAAUAUUAAUAUUUCUAAGAAAAGGAGAGUUAAAUCAAACUGACUGACACAAGAGAAAGCUGCUAACUGAACCACUUUCAAUAUUUCAUGCAAGCAGUUCAUCCACUUUCCCUUUUAUGUCUCCACUUGAAGAGUAAUUGGCGACACUGACUUUAGUCUUGCUAAAGCUGAAUUUCCUGAAACAGACUGGCUAACAUCUGUAAUGGUGUAGAUGCUGGUGUUUAGAUCUACAACUGUCUCUGUUUCUGUUGAACCAGUCUGUUGGAGGACUACCUUCAGGCCAUAGAGGGAGUGAAGAAGCACCUGGUGAGACAGACGGGGCCAAACAAACUGACCUUUGUUGGAGAGCUGAACCACAACCGCUUCAACCCGAAGAUGGUAAAUAAGCUCAUUUAUCACUCAUCAGUUCCAUUGCAUUAUCUAUGUGGGCAUUGUCAGUGAGUUGUUAACAGUUAUAACACAUUAUUAUACCUGACCUUGUAAGUCAUGAUAAAAUGCUUCAUAAUGUGUUAUGAUUAUUGCUAUUGCAUUAUAAUCAUUUGUGAGUUUUUAUAGUAGGGAUGUUCCCAGCGCUUAAUUUCACUGACGUUUAAACAACCAUUUUGAAACCGAAUAUUCGAUUACAAGAAAAUUAAUUAACUCCCAGAAAAUAGCCCAAAUUGAGCACAUGUCAAUCUAUAUGGCCAGAUAUCAUCUGAAAUAAAUAUUAAGAGUACAUGAAAGCCAUGCUUAUAAUAUUAAAAAUAUGUUACAGAAUUUUAUUUUAGCGCUGGAGAAUGACAUAAAGUAUGUAAAAGAUCAAAGCAAUUAAACUCCACUCCGCUGCACUCAAGCCAAGCAGCCUACUGCGUCAUCGGCCUGCCUCACACCAUAAGCACAUAAUGAAGAGUCUUCAGAGUCAGACAACAUCACGUUCAAUAAUGUUUAUUUUCUAAACUAGACUUAAACUUUGCUCUUUUUUCUCACCGACAUCGCUCUGGCUGAUCGCAUGUCUUGAUUUACUCUAAGGAAGUUAACCUGCAGGCCAGCGCUGCAAGACCAGAGCAGCAAGCCAGACAGAAAGAGACACACACAUGAUCCACACAUUUUAGCUUGUUUAAUGCACACUUUUAUUAAGACAUGACGGUAAAAACGUAAUUUAAAAAAAAAAAAAAAAAAAGCUUUUUUUUGCUUUUUGCUUUUUUUUCCCCUUUUCUUUUUUUUCUAUAGCAUAAACGAAUAUUAUUAUUACACAAAUAUCCGAAUAACUGUGCACAUCCCUAGUUUAUAUAAUCGUGUUAACAGUGUUGUCUGGCUGAUCAUUAAUAAGCAGCUCAAAGCAAAACUGACUAGAUUGUGCAUCUCCAAAUGCGUCUGCAGUAAUCGCUCGUGAUGGGAUCUCACUCCAAAGCUCUAUAUGCACAUCAACGUGGAGCCUUAUUCACCUUCUCCGGCACUUAGAAAUGAUGAUCUGUGAAGCACAGGGAGUAUUUGAUUUCACAGAAGAGUGGGUUUUUAUGGACUACAGUGAUACCUUGUUAUUGAGUUUAUGAAGCCUUAACGUUUCUUCACGGGUUUGUGGUUCCCCGUUGAAUUCCAAGGACUUCAAAUUAAGACUGAAGUCCCUGUUUAUAAUUACAGUUAAUAAGACCAAAAUCGGCUUACAGUCACUCAUAUCCACAAUGAGAAACUUUUGCUGAUGAAUCUCUCGCCAGUCACAUCUCCUCUCUGUGUUAUGAAAGCAUGUAGAGAUGCAGACGGUGCAUAUUAUCCAGUUGUGCAAACAGUCGACAUUGAUCGGAUCAUGCUAUUUGUGCAGAGAGGAACGCAGCAUGAAACUUAAACAGAUUGGCUUUCUAUCCGCUCCUUACCUCUCUUAUUAUCAUUAUGAUCCAUGUAGAGAGUAACUUCUUAUCUAUCGUCCUCUUCUCUAACGCCGUACUCCUGUUAUUGAAAAAGCUCAGCAGGUGUCACUUCUGCAGGCAAAGUUUAGAGAAGAUUAGUAUGAGAGCGAGUCUGCAGCAACCAUCAGCACAGAUUUAAGUUUAACAUUUCUCUCGUCGUCUUAGUAUGCAGAGGUGAGACGUCGCAUCUCAAUCCAGGCAUCAAGAGGAGAGAUAUACUAAAGGACCUCCCUGUGUUCUUCUUAUCACUCAAAAAGCAUCUCAGAAGAAGAUGAGAGACGGUCUAAAGCCGAGAACAUACAGGAUCGGUAUUGAGCGCAUUCCAUAUUUGCUCCGUAGAUCAGUCCUGGGUAUCGCAUACAGGAUGCAUAUUUGGAGCGUGGCAGCAGUGUAGUCCAGCCCUGGUCCAGCCAGCUGGGCUCAGUAUAGAGGAAACAACAUGCUCACAACAGGUUGUUUUGGUCUAUUUCCUGCUAAUUUGGAUAUAAUUCAGUGACCGUUGAGCCUCUACUCUAUAUGAAAAAGCAACGUGAUUUUACAGUUUCUGUUUUUGCAGGUUUACACGUGUUUAAUAAAGUAAACUAUGUUCCUUUAUGCUGUUACCUUCAGACACAGUUAGCAGUUAAAAGUCCUGUUGGGGUCCACAUGGAUCAGGGAUUGACCAUCGGAUUGUUCUGUGGUACUGAUAAAUCCAGAACCAGGAAGUAUUUCUCAUCGCAUAUUGUGUUUUAUUUUGAAAUAGCAGAUGACGUGCACGGUUUUCAUGCUUGACAUCCUGUCUAGAACGAUCGUCUCUGUGUGGAUUGAUGCGUAUUGGAAGCGUAGAGCAGCAAAAAUAGACUUGUCGUGUUUCUUUGGCGGUGCUGCUCUCGAUGCCGCCAUGUUCCAAACACGCAUCCUGUAUGUUUUAGCCUAAACAAACUGCUUUUAGAUGAAAACCGUAUACAAAAAAAUUAUGGAAAUUUGAAAAAUGAUCAGCAUAACACUUCUGCACUUCUGCAGGCCCUCCAGGUGUCCUCUAUGUACAUGGAAGAUACCGUGUGAUACAUGUGUUUUCGUUGUAGAUCUCCUGUGUCUUUAAAUCACUACACACACAGCACAAGAGCUGUGACAGUCAGAGGCUGUUCCCCACACUGUUCCAAAGCUCAAUGCGCUCACAUCCACGGACAAUGACCACCUUGUUAAAUCAAUAAGCCUUUGUGGUUUUGUUGGAUCUGUCGCUGUGCAAGCUCAUGUUCAGUCAGUCUUUUUCUCUAUUAGUCGACCCAAUCAAUCGCAGCUCUUAUCGCUAUCUCUCAUCAUUUCACAGUUCAGUUCUUCUCAAUUGUAUCUUUCUCUUGUCUCUGAUAGGACCACCUCGUGUGCUUCCUGCCUGGAACCCUAGCGCUCGGAGUCCACAAUGGCCUCCCAGGGGACCACAUGGAUCUGGCCGUGCAGCUGAUGGAGACGUGUCAUCAGAUGUACAAACAGAUGGAGACAGGGCUGAGCCCAGAGAUUGCUCACUUCAGUUUGCAGCCCAGUGACGGGCGAGAUGUCAUUGUCAAGGUAAGGCAUGAAGCAGAAAUGAGGACCUUUUUUUUACCCCUUUUUUCCAGUUUUAGUCAUUUUCUUAUCACUAUAUUCUGUUUUUAUUUCAUACAAUCACUCUUAUCCUCAUCUGGAUGCUUUGAGACUGCUGUGGUCAUAAACUAAAGCAGAAAAACAUUCUCUUAACUCUCUUUAUUCAUGCAAAAAAAAGAAGAAACUUUUCCUCUUAUUCAAACCUGUCUUCACUGGAAGGAUGUGUAAGCCCUGAUUUACUUAAGUGUCUUGUAUUUACACACAAACUAAAUGAGUGACACAGCCCACUACUGACUUAUUAUUAAGAGAGCCCACUAAACGAAAUUUUAAUCAGCCCGUCUAAAUUAGUCAUGGGAGUCUUGAGCACAACCUUUCUAACCCUCCUCAGUGCUCAUUUUAUUUUAAAUUGAGUGCUCAGGGUAUUUUAAAGGAUCCAAUAUCUCUGUACUCAUCUCAACAGCUACCUCCAUUAACCUCAGAUAGACGGAGGAAAUAUUCCAAACAUUUCAGGAGCUCAUUCUUACUCUAGGACUUCAAACUCAGGUAAUAAUUGUCAGAUUAAAAAGAAGACGGCUCUUAUUUACUUCCUAGAAACAGAACGCUAAAAUGAACCAUCUGGUAUUUGAGACAUUUGUUUGUCCUGUGGUUAUACAUCCUUGGAUCUUUGGUGCCCUGAUCGAUGUCGCCCAAGUGCUGAAGAGGGGCAGAUGUUUUCUUACCGAGAGUAAAACAUAAUACAACUUAGAAAGAUUACUUAAAAUACGCUUAUGGAGGAACUCUAGUGUCUAGUCCCUCAGAACCAUCCUUGGUUAUUUAAUCUAAAAAUCUUCAUGUUUUUGUGCAAAAGAAGGAAAAAAAUACUUUUAUCAUGAUGGUAUUUACUGACAAAUCCCCCUUUUUUCUUCCAGCCUGCAGACAGACACAACCUGCUGAGACCAGAGACAGUGGAGAGUCUGUUCUACAUGUACAGGUUCACCAAAGAAACCAAGUACAGAGACUGGGGAUGGGACAUACUGCAGAGCUUCAACAAAUACACUAAGGUACACUCAGCUGACCUCAGACCAACUUCAGUGUGGUUUAAAAUGCUGACCGCACUUUUUCUGUAUGUACACAAGUAUAGGUAGGUAACAUGACUUUGUACAAAGAGGCUGUCUUCGAGGCUGGGUCUCACUGAAGUAAGGAUAAGAGGAGGAUCAUCACUGUGAAAGAUUUCAUUGGCAGAUUCUUUACAAGUUUCAGAACAAUGUUACUCAACAUAACAUUACAGAACAUUUGUGGAUUUCAUCACCUACAUCAGACACAGAGAAUCCAGGUAAUCUCUGUAAAAAGAGAAAAUCCUAGAUGAUUAUGUAAUCAAAUAUUGAUUUCAAAUGGUUUGUAAACCAUCAAAUCCUCUUUUUGUCAACAUUUUUCACUAAAAAGGUAAUAAUGUAAUAUGUAAUAAUAUGUAAUAUCUUUCUUUGAUCCAGCUCCAAACAAAAUCCACUUCUGAUAGUUAGAUCAUCCCUCAAUCACAUGAGGUGUAGCGCUCCUCAUAGCUGACCUGUCAGACCUAUCAGUCUGGACUCGGUUCACAGUGAUCCACAAGAGCUUAAAGAUGUUUUCCAAGAUCAUAACACAUCAAGCGCCAAACCCAUAAACAGCACCUUCAUGAUUAUGUAUCCUCAAGGUAACCAAAAAUCUCAAUCCUGCAGGUGCCUGAUGGUGGCUACACGUCCAUCAACAACGUGCGAGACCCCACCAACCCUGGACCCCGAGACAAGAUGGAGAGUUUCUUCCUGGGUGAGACCCUGAAGUACAUGUACCUGCUCUUCUCUGAUGACAUGGACGAGCUCAGUCUGGACAAGUACAUCUUCAACACAGAGGCCCACCCUCUACCUAUAUGGCCCUCUCCACCCAAGUGAUAUUAUCUCUGCCAGAGGCUGUCUGUCCCACUGAGUCCUUAAUGAGGCUGUGAUUGGCUCUCAUACAGGAUCAACAAUCGUCCACGCUGGACUGCUGUGUUGAGCAGAAAACCAGAUCUGCACCGUCUCCCUGUACUGUGAUAUGUUUCUAUGUGGAGGAGUUUAAUUUUACUUUUUUUUUUUUUUCGCUUUUUCUUAAUUUUUCCUAAGGAAAAGGUUUACGUAAGAGCUGGUCUCCAAUGUAGAAAUACUUUUAUAAGAUCUGAUUUGACAAGCUGGAGCCGACAGAAGACUGAAGAGGAGACAUCGGGAGGUUUCUGCUGCUGGGUGUCUGGGUCGGUUGCUAUAUUUAUAUUGAUGGAAACAAUAAUAAUGUCACCCUGAAUCUGACUGCAAAUCCUCAGACGCCCUGCACAGCUGGAGGUAAACGUGAUAAGAGUAUCCAAGAAGUCAUUCAGUUGAUUCACCGAUGUGUUCAGUGCAAGAAUCAAUAAUGGAAAUCUAUGGCGCGUGUUAAGCUAAAUUUAAACUGAUUGCUCUGGUGGAGGGAUCGCGCAUUAUUUACAGAAGCCUCUGCUGCGGCCCUUGUGCACAGACAUGAGAGAAAAGAGGGGUAUAUUUCUGUUUUGUCCCAGUCUGAUUUCGCAGAAGCAGUAAGUGAAGUAAAGCCUCAGAAGAUGGAUUUAGCUCUGUGGCGAAUGCUCUGUUGGAAGGGAAAUCCGGAGUUUUCUUAUCUCUUGCAUGCCUCAAUGUGAGGCAAGUGAGGAAAUAAAAAGUUUGGGACUAAACCCUGACCCAUGAGGUACACAAGCAGAAUGAUCGGAGUCAUUCUUGGCGAUGUGUGAUGCACUUGAAUAUUGUUGAAUAACUGAAAAAAGGCUGUGUUCUUAUCAAGUUUUGAUGCUUAUUGUUACUGAGAUCGUCGAGUUAUCUUUUUGUGAAGAGUAUUGGUGACAGGGAAGUUAAGGAGUUCAUGUCAUGUUUAAUAGAUGAAAGAGUGAAGGAUAAGGGUUUAAUGAAGUAGUUAAUCCUGAAUGACUUUUGUUUUGGGGGGGUCCAGGCUGUACACACACAAACACAUCAUGUUCACUGAUGAAUGUAUUCUUCUGUUGUGUCUGAUUACAUUUUCCACUAAGUGAGUUUAAAAGCACUUUACCCGCCUGGUUUUGAUUACACUAGAUUUUUUCUUGCACUUGUUUGACAUAUGAAGAGUAAGAAACAAAAGCCGCCCUUCCAGGCUUUAAAGGGAAAAUCAUUUUAACCCUUGUGUGUGUGUGUGUGUGUGUCGCCAUUUUCUACAUCAUACACACACACACAGGCAUCCAUCCUUCCUUCUAUCAUGUGCAAGAAAUGGAGUUUGUUGAAUGAUUGUGUUGCACUUGGGGGAUUUUGAGUCAUUGCUGUUUAGUCGUCCCUGACAACUUGAAGGAUGUACACAGUAGGUGCUGUUUUUAAAGGUGAAAGGACUAUCAGUCUCUUCUUAUUCCAUCACUUUCUUUUUCGGGAUGUAACAGUAUCACAAUCUUACGAUACAAUAAGACCUUUUUAAUGAAUCAUGGUACAAAAUUUGUCAUAAUACUUUGAAAAAAAGACAAAUUUAGACUUUAAAAUGCCCCGUUUACACAGUGGUGAUAUGGCCUGCUUACACUUAAACCUCUACUUUGUUUCCUUCUUAUUUGUUUCCAUGAUUGCGUAGUGAAAUUGACGAGACUGUUACAUCCCUUCUUUCUACACUCUCGCCUAAAAGGUCCUCCAUUGUGAAUAAUUUUUACUGCAUCUCCAAACAGACUGUCUUUGUUUAAUCUCUUUACCUACAUGAACUUCAGUCCAACAGAGAGAGCCAUAUACUGACCCACAUCAUUGAAGGUGCACUACAUUUUUGCCAAUGCUCUGCUGUGCCUAUUUAACUGUGUUGUGCUACAGUUGUUUGGUUUUUCUUUUUUUAUUGCUGCUGUAUCAGUGGUGUCUAUUUGUGAAGUGCUAUGAGUGGAAGUAAGACCUUUUGUUAAAUAUAUGAGUGGGUGACCAAUCAAUAGGGCUGUAAAUAUAAUCUGGGGUCAAAUGUUUCUAACUUGUCCACUGAAUCAAACCUCUGCGGCUGAUCAUUUCUGGUCUUAAUAUCUUGUGCCAUCAUGUCCGAAACGGGACACUUUUUAAUACUUUUUUUUUUCAACCUUGGUAAUGUCUUUCAAAUACAAGCCUUGUGGUGGCGCUAAAUGAAAAGUCAGGGAGUGAAUCUGAAAAGUAAUGAAGUUUCAUCCUCUAGGGACCAUUCAGCACAGGACGUUCUUUCCUGUGUGCUGCACUCGAACAUUUACCGGGGUAGAUCUCUGAUGAUUGAGUCGUUUUCUGUAAUCCCUUUAACUCCACAUUCAACCUAAAAAAUUAAAUAUCCUAAUUGGAAAAUUAAUGUAAGAGAAGCCAGGCGCUGAUGUGAAGGGAACAUCUGUAUGACAACCUGAAAUUGGCUCAUUUACAAUAUUUCAUGCUUUAUUAAACCAUAUUAUCUCCUUGUUCAUGAGGACUGAUGAUUAAAUGAGGAUUUAUUUCGCUGCUGUGUUAAGGUGGAAGAGGACACACAUCUAAUAGGUUUCUUUAUUAACGUCCAGUUUUAAUGUGACCACUUUUGGACCACACUGAAUCUUUAAAGGAGACCUAUUAUACUCCUUUUACCUUUCAUUAUGUCAGUCUGGAACACUUAUAGACUACCUAAGCAUGAUCUACAGCUAAAAAAACCCUUUCCUAUCUUACACUGGCAUCUGUGAAAACCUUAAUUUCAUCGCUUUUUAGCCUCUGCCUGGAAAGCUUCCUUUUUGCUGCUUUUCCCCUGAUGGAAAGUUUGACACAGCUCGGGGGUGCUACCGUUCACACAGCCAUGUAGUCAUAAAACAACCUCAAUAUUACGCCUUUAGAGAAAACAUCUAAUGGAAAAGCUUGGCAUCAGGUUCAGGCCAAGUCUUCAAAUUGAGCUAUUCAGAAAAAAAGAACAGAAAACACAUUUCAGGGAUUGCUCCAACAUCUGUGCGUCUCAUGUUUCCAUACUUUCCCAUGGUUAAGCAUGGACAUCCAACACUGUAACAUGUAUGUAUCAAACUAUAGAUGAGCAUACUAAGCCUCCUUUAAAGGAAGAGCUUCACCCUCCAUUUGGGGAUGGUUUUAGGGACCUUCACGGUGAUAUAACAAAAGUUUUAAAUAAUGUGCUACAAUGUCAAAGGCCCUUUGAAGCAGCUAAAGUUUUUUACAAAAAUGCUUUUCAAGAACUAAAAGUAUUCCAAAACCUGGCAAAGAGUUGUCUGGAAACCAAGAUCAGUCAUUGAGAAAUCAAAUCUCUUCCAACCCGUUUGGAUUUCAUUUGAUAUAGUGUUUUCUUUUGUUGUUUUUGCAGGGCCUCAUGGGUGAAGCUGCUUUUUUCUAUAUUUUCCUCAAUCAACAAAUCCAGUGAACUGAUAAGAUCAAUAACGUUUCUUUUAAUCUCAGUACUUUCACUCACUGGACUUGUUUGAACUUCAGCAGCAGAUGCCUUUGAUUCCUCUUCAAAGACACUCACAAAUAUUAAUUUUACGAAGGUCAUUGCUCACCUAAAUAACCAUGUUCUGUAAUCUUAAGUAAAUAUAACCUAAACAGGAAAAGAUCUAGCAGAGUUGUUAGGGACUUUUUUCAGCGGUGGAUUUGUACAUAUAUAGUUCGUAGUAAGUAUGCCUUGCAGCACGACGGUGUAUGUGGUGGUGGGGUGAAAUAAGCUACAGUGUGUGUGUGUGUGUGUGUGUGCGUGUGUGUUCAUGGGGUGUUAUAAUGAAGAAACACAACACGUCAGGUUUUAAGAAGAUUGGCAAUAUUUGAUGAUUUUGGAAAAGUAGAUUUGUACUGAACGAAUCUGUAGUUUUAUGUUUUGGCUUGAAGAUGAGCUUUAUGAUCUAAAGUUACAAAAACAUUCAUAAUCUGUGAAAUCAAAACUCAGAUCAUGUUCGAUAAAAGACUUUUCUGUCACACAGAGAAGAUGUUUAUGUCCCCGACACUAAAAGAUUCAUUUUCUUUUGACUAUUGGCUAAGAUCAGCUUUUAUGUCAGUCAUGAACAAUAAAGUGUGUUGUGAAGCUGAUGGUAACAGCGAGGAUAAAUGAAGAGAAAAGACUCAUUAGGCUGCACAGUGAGCUCCCAUGGAAGCUUAUAAAUUCUCUCUGCUUUGUUCGUUCAUAAUUGUUUCCCAUUGCUGCCUUGUUAUUGAUUUUUUUUAAGGAAAUUGCAAAAUGGAAACCCUUUUCUUAUUUCUUAAAUGGUCAAAGAAAUAAAAGGUCAUAUUUCUAAACCUUGUCUAGUACUUAAAGGAUGUUUGAAACAAAAAUAGGUAGCAUGGUUUUUAUGUAAGGUCUUGCUACAAACCUCUUGACUUCCAUUUUUAACAAUGGUGAUGAUGAAAUAUUCGUAUUAGUGUGAUUUCUAUUGAAUCAAAGCCAUAGCAAAGAACAACUCAAUUCCUCAACAUGGAUGUGGGUAACAAAAUAUGGGCGUAGUUAGUCAUUGUCGUUCCUGCACAGGUUCCUGCAUCAGUAACUGUGACCCUGGGUCAAAGGCCAAAGACACGGAUCAAUAUUGUUAUGGCUGGUUCAAUCGAUAAAUUGAGCCAAGCCAAAGGAAAAAAAAACACAUCUUGGAACAGCGGGUUUUAAGUCAAUAACUCAUCUGCAUGUAUCGAAGACAUGCUGACCUGAAAUUCAUUUAAAUUCGAGUAACUAAUGUUUACUUUUUAAUGUAAAAUCAUGUUUUCAGAGCUUAAGCACAGAAUAUUUUCAUUUUUGAUUGUUGUAAAAUGUCCUUACAUCAUCGAAUCUAUGCUCACUGUACCGGUGAUUCAUGGAGCACUUUGUAACACAAGUUGUGGCUUAUCGCAAUGUUCACCAAUUCAACUUUCCUCCUGCCGACUACAUUUUUAAUAAAGCUUUUCAAUGAAUAUUUUGGACUUGAUCUUGCUCUGACUUGAUUUGUCUUUAAAUUAUGCUUCAAACAAAGCAUCAUCAUCAUCAUCAUCAUCAGCCUCCUGACUGCCAAUCCUGUCUUUCAUAUCCUUCUCUAAGAAUCAAACAUGAGGUAUCUCUCCAGUGUGAAACAAACAUAAGCUUUUUUAUUUGCAUCCUUUUAUUUUCCCAGGAAUUACCUUUUUUUGUUUUUUGUUUUUUUGCAUCGCCACUUUUCUUUGUUGUUGUUGUUGUUGUUCUUUUGUUAACUUCCAUUGUGGCUUCUCCUUUUUCUUGUUUUUUUUUUUUUGCAUUGGUAACUUCCAUUUUGGCUUCUUCUUCUUCUUCUUCCCCAUUUUUUUUUUUAAGCAGUGGCGGUUCUCGGCCACCGUAACCAUCACCUAAACCAGGGGUGGGGAACCAUGUGCCAUGGAGAGCCGAGAGGCUGCAGGUUUUCUUUCUAACCCAAAACUCCACCAGGUGAUUUCACUG